AAACUAUCGAUACCUUAGAAGCUUUUGCAAAUGGCGGCUAUGAAGCCCCCAAAUUUUAUUAUUGUUCGAUGGAGUAUAUCAGACCAUUAAGAUUAUGCCGGAUUGUUUCAACCCCCCAGAGAGUGAAGAGAACCGCCAGCUGCGGGUCCGCCGAGUGGAGCCGUGGAACUCGGUCCGGGUCACCUUCACCUUGCCCAGGGAGGCGGCCGGCCGGCUCCGCCAGCUGGCCCAGGUGGGCGAUGCGGCGCUUAGAGAAUUAGGAAUAUUAUCCCUGCAGCUGGAAGGCGAUCAGGUCAUAUCCCUGACGAUCGCCGGUCGAUAUGAAGCGCAAGAGAUUGUUUUCCGGACGGAACCAGCAGGAGCAGCAGCAAAUGUAUCAGCUGCUUCUGCAGUCAAUGGAAGUGUAGGAGGAAAUAGUGUAUCGCCUUUAACCGGGUCAGUGGUGUCAGCAACAUCCUCCCCAGCCAGUGUGACAGAAUUAUUGGCGCAAGUCGCCUCUACCGGAGCCGGUGUUAACGGCCUAGUGACUCCUUCUCAGGGUAGUGCCAGUGUCCUCUUGCCGACCGAUGUGAAUGUCGGCAACAAUAGCAACUUCCAGCAGCCAGUGGUGGCUGUGUCGUCUGCCGGAGCGUUCCGCAGUCCGAAUGUCGUUGCGCCAGGUAGUCAGCCGAUUCCUUACGUGCAACAACAUCAGAGACCUGUUCUAGGAGGAGGAUGUAGUGCGAGCGCGCAAUCGAAUGUCGGACCACACAACAGCAAUCCGAACAGCGGGAUCGGCGGUAGUGGUGUCGUGGCGGCUCGUGCCCAACCGGUCUACGCGGGUCCCUACCCAUUCGCCAGUAUGACCCACGCCGCUCAAUCCAUGCUCGGCCAAACGGGCCAGCCGUCCUCCUCCUCUUUAUCCUCAGCUUCUUCUUCUUCUUCUUCUUGUUCCCCGGCCAUCACCACCAUGUCUCAAACAAUACCCAGAACGGGACGGCCUCCUACAACAAUGACGGCCAAUACAAUCAACCACCCGGCUGUAGCGUCAGGCCCGCCUCCUCCGACAUCUACAGCUUCUUCUUCUUCACCUUCUCCACUUCAAGUUCUGUCAAGUGCCUUGCACCAUGUCACUAUGAAAUCUGCCGAACCCGCCGCCACGGCCGCUGUUGUUUUCGCGCCGCCCACUACUAUGCAAGUCGGAGGAAUCAACGCACUCUCUUCCGCCCAGCACUUCCAGCCGAAUCCAACACAGCAACAACCGUUCCCCAGCACGUCAUCACCUACACCGACUGCCGUUAGGACAACGCCGGUGGUGGCAAUAAACCAACCCGUACCACCGACGUCCGGCUCGUCCAAUUUCCAAUCGGUUCCCAUCACGACCGUGUCGAGCCCGCUCUUAGUCAAUCUGUUGCAGCAACAACAACAACAGCGGCAACAACAGGAACAACAGCAGUUGCAGCAACCUAGGACAAUGUUAGCCAGUCGGAGUGGAUCGCCCGGUGCGCAAGGAAUGGCAUCAGCCAGCAUGGGACCUGUCACGUCGACGGUCAAUUCGAGUGAUGUGGCAAUGGAAUCGAAUCCAGUUGACGUCCUGGACAAGGUCAGACAUCAAAAGCAGCAGCAGGUGAUGGGAGGAGUCGGUCGUCCGGUUAGCCGUACGCACAACUCGCCACUUUCGUCAUCUCCGGCCGCCUCACCUUACCCUGUUUCCUCUUCUUCUCCCAAUUCGCCGGCCGGAACGCCCGUCGUGGCGACUCCUGCUCCGGUAGAGACAAACCUGACAUUGGCUGCCUCAGUCACGGUGCUUAAUGUUCGGACAGGUGCACCACUCAACGCCCACACGGCUCUCAGCGGCCUGGCCCCCGCGAUUCCUUCAGCACAUCCUUCGUCCAGCGUUGCUGCUACCCCUGUUGUUGUCCCGGUUUCGUCCUCGUCUUCUACGCUGGAAACUGGAGAAGCCCUUCAGACUGAUAGAUUAAACCAGCCGAUGAUGGUCCAGCAACAGCAAUUUGUUGUUCGGCCGCCUGGAAGUGUACCAUCUGCUUCAAUGGUUGCUGGAGUACGAAUGCCCAUGAUGACUCGGGCUCCCGGGCCUGGAUCUCUUGGUGUUAUUCGCCAUUUGGCGCCAAUAACAACGGCCGCAGCGAUACCAACAGCAACACCACCUGGCGUUGCUUCCGCAGCUGCCACUUCGUCCUCCUCAAUCCGGUCGCCGCUUCAAUCCGCCGUUCCGCCGCCACCUUACCCGGGCCUUAGGCCCAACCUUCAUGUGGUCAAUCACAACCGCCUACCGGUCAUUCCUGGUGGAGCCACCGUCACUGCUGUACCUGCUACCGUUGCCGCGUCCAUAUCCUCAUCGUCUGUGACUUCGUCUAAUGUGAGUGCCAACCUCCUCGAUGGGAUGGUGUGUGUCAACGACACGUAUAUGUUACCUGGAAGAAACAACCUGUCCAUCACUGUCGUCAGCGAUCCCCAGAGGAACGCUGCAACAAACAUUCAGCGCGUAGCUGGAACGACUCCGACUCCACCGCAAACGAUUAUGGGGACGCCCCCGAUGUCGGCAGUCGCAACCAACAACACCAAUCCAACCGCCAUCACUAUCUCGAGAACAGCCUCAGAGAUGGAGAAACAAAAGCAACUGCUUAUCAACCCACUGACGGGUCAUUUAGAGCCGAGUCCUAGCGAGAGCUCCGACAGUGACGUGGAAGUGACCAAAGAUUUGGAAAUGUCGCUGGAGAGCACCUUGUUGAUGCAGUCGCUGCUUGAUCCCACCUCACCCACCUUCCUAGAUCGGCCUUUACCCGACUGUCUCUUCAGCGACGAAGACACGGAGAAAAUGUCGUUGGCAAACGACAAACCCGAUCCGUACGAAUUGUCGUCCAAAACAAUCAAUCGGACAACAGCGACAACAAUAAUCAAUCAGCCCAUUGUGGCCGCAGCCAUCUGCAGGGAACAACCACCGCCGGGAGGCAAAGAGACGGGCGAAGGCAUAAAAUUGCGACUGAAAUUAGAGAAAAAUGAAUCCAAUUAUGUUGCCUUUGUUAAUCUACCUGUACCGAAAUCAUCGCCGAGUUUGGAUCCUGCGGCACCCAACUCGAUUUCCAACAGCGGUGGAAGCAGUCCGGCCACGGAGCCCAGGGUUCCUCCUCUGCACAUCUCCCUCAAAGGUCGCAAUCUGGCUGUUUUGAAUAGUCCAAAGAAGGACGUCAAAAGGAAAAAGUCCCGAAGCCGGCACGAAUCGGCGGAAGAGGAUGAAUUAUUCCACAAAGGUGAAAAGAAGAGCGUCAAACGAAAACGGUCUCAGCAGUUAACGCCAAGUUACGCGGAAUGUGUAGACGACAGAGCAGAGGAACAACAAGAAGAUCUCGUUCCUGUCGAGGAUGUCGAAUCCGAUUGUAAGCCAAAAGUAAAAACGAAAAUGGAACUUGAAACGGGCCCACCUUCCACCAAUAUCGUCUUGUCCGAACCGGCCUCUGAUUUGCCGAGCGUCGACAAGAUGGCCGACAUCAACUUGGCGAUGCCCCUCGUGUUGAUGGAACAGGACGAAGAGGUCGUCCCCAUAACGGGCAGUGUUCCGGGGCCGUCAAUCAAACUAGACGAUGAGCCAGUCAAAUUGGAGGACAUGGAAGUCUGCCUGGAAUCCAAUGAGACCCCACCAACGUGUGAAGUAGCCAUAGUGGACACUCGUAGUGCAAUAGUGAAUCACGUAACGGCAGAUCGUGAUGUAAUGGUGACGUCAGACAAUUCGCGGACAGAGCAAAUAGUGAGCUCAGAUGUAUUGGACGUUGAUGUGACGCCAAUAGGCGAAGAUGUGACCAUGAUACCAUCACCACCUGUUGUUCCUUCGUUACCCUUGAACCCCCCAACUUCUUCCACUCACAGUUCAAAUAGUCCAACCGUCCAUCAAGUGACUGAUCCAAGUUCGCCAUUAUCCCCGCCUCUUGAAUUGUCUGUGGCUAGUCCGGCCGUCCAACAAUCACAAGCGGAGCCGCAACAGCAGGAAUUACCACCUGAAGUGAAGGAUGAACCAUCCAUUCCGGCGUGCGUUGAAAAAACGGAACUCGCAGAAGCAGAGUGUAUUUCUUCCAUAAUCCAACCCAAGUGCGAAGUGGAAGACACGCUGAAUGAUGUCAAACGUGAUGACUUCUUUGCAGAGCCUGUGGAUCAAGAGGGUCUAAGUGCUCGCUUGAUUAAGAACGAAUUAGAGGCGACGAUUAUGCGUACGAAGAUCGGCACCAACGACCUGCACAAGCUGAGUUUACUUAACAAUGUCCACCGGAAGAGCAAUGCUUUAAUCCCAACACCUGAACAAGAGCCAUCGGUUAUUGUUAACGUGAGUACGACGACCACCAUCAAAGUGGCCGAAGAAGCGCUACCUGGAAGUCGAACUAUGAUGACCUCUUCGGAAAAAUCAGCUGAAGAAAUCAUUUCCAGAGAUGUCGUUGUGGUAGAGUCUCCAACAGCUAAAAACGAAGUUAUGGUGGCGACGUCGGAUACGCGGAUCAGUGGCGGAGGAGAAGAUACUGGCAACACUCAGGGGGAAGAUUCUGGUAUCGAAUCGCUGGACGCGUUGUCGGAGAAGAGUCCCAAUCAAGGAGAGAGUCCACCGAGGAGAGAAGAUAAAGAUUAUUCUUCUUCUAAUUCGUCGGAUCAACAGCAAUUUCGACAGCCUUCACCUUUGGCAUCCAUCCAAGCCAAACCGGCAUCCCCACCACCGUCAUUGGAGCCCACGAAGGCAAUCAGUCCUGUACCGACUACAACAUCACCGCCGAAUGUCAUUUCAGAUACAAGGGAUACGGCGAUAGUCGAGUCCGUCGAGGCUGAACAAGUCGCUCUUUCACCACCUGUGGUUGAAUGUGAGCAGGUGUCGGAGGACGUCACUGUAAUAACACCAAAAUCUCCAGCUGUUUCCUCCUGUCCUGUGGAGACGGAAGAUCCUGUUUCCCCACCUGGGCCUUCAUCAUUGGAAGCUGGAAAUGCAUCACCAGCACCGGAUGCCAUCCUCUCUGAGUCGGCUGUUCCAGACGUCGUUCCAGUCAACAACGACAUCCCGUCGGAUCAAACCAUUGCAAUCGCCACGCCACCUGGGCAAGUUACCACAGACGUCUGUUCCAGCCCGCAUCGUUCUCCGCGUCCGACAUCUCCAGCACCGGACGCUGAUUUGACCGUUGGUGAACAUCUAACAGCUACGGAAGAUGCCACGCCAUCAGCGAUUGUUCCAUCAAGCAAUGAAUCGGCCAUCUCUUCUCCGCUACCCGUUCCAGCUUCGAUUGAAAUGGUCGACAGUAAUUCACCUUCUACUCCGGUCCUCCCUAAAGAAACGGAAGUAGUUGCGGCACCAGUUCCAGCAUCGGUUGAAAACACGGAGAAAGAAGUAUCGAUGGAUGUGCCUGUCGAAGAAGUAAAAGAUGAAUUGGUAGCCAGUGGAACAGAAGCUGAAAAAUCAGAACCAGCCGAGGUGGAUGAACUGCAAAUCUCUUCCGAAACAGUUGACGAUCGACCGGUUCCGUGCGAAACGAUUGUGACGGAACCAGAAGAAAUGAAAUGCGCGCAGGUGAAACCGGAAGAAAAGAUCUCGUUAGAUUCCGCUUCGACACCACAUACAGAAGAGCAAAAAACUGUUCAACAAUCGAUGCCUGCCCCAUCCGCCAUGGAGAAAUUGGAUGAGCAGUCGAACUCAAUCUCAUCAUUUUCGCCGGAAUCUCUGGGUAACUCGUGUUCCUCUUCGGCUAGUAGCCCAACCGACGUCGAAUCCAAGACGACAGUAGCACCGCCCAUUGUGGUCUCUAAAACUGAGGAACCAUCACCGGCCGUCGUCGUCGUGGAGGCGGGCACUUCUGGAUCUCAGCCCAAAAUCGGUUUCAUUGCCAACUGUCAUGCCCCGAAACGGACGACUGAAUCACCCAAAGCUGUACCUACACCUCCACCGCCCACCAGCUACGUCCUGUUUUCGUCCAACAGCGCCACUGGUGGGGUAGGAACUAAUUCGAUCGCUUUGUCAUCCAAGUCGAUGGCCAUGAUCGCCUCUUCCGGCGCUGGCGGAGCCACUCGAAUCAGCUCGGCGUCGGGUCUAUUCGCCAUGACGUCCGGAUCGAAAAUGGUCCCCAUCCGGUUAGUUACGAUACCAAAGGGAAUGGAUCUGUCGUCUGCUACGUCACGAUCGGGUCCUGGCCAAGGCGGUCCAGUCAAGAUCCUCGUCUCCAAAGUGUCACCCGGCAAAGUUCACGGAACACCCGUCUCGGCGGUCAUGAUGAAAUCCAUCACCGUUCCAUCUGCUACUUCGGCCGCUCUGUCUGCCUCCUCUUCCUCAUCUUCUUCAACAGGAAUAGCGCCAAUGUCUCUUCCGGUAACAGUCUCAUCCAUUCCAGUUUCCACGUCAGCUGCUGCACGGACCGUAUCUCUGACGACGUCGAAUGUAACGCCUCCUCAACUGGUUACGACAGUGGCUGUGGAACUGGUGAAGAAAGAAGCCAAAGAACCUCCUCCUCCCAAUCGUUCAUCACCUCCGUUAUCCGCACCCGUCGUUGUGAUACCCGUCAAAGAGAAAGACGAAGAGAAACCGUCUUCAUCGAGCAUUAAGAACGAGAAAGAUGCAGCAUCGAUGGCGAACAAUAGCAAAGAUCAAAUCGAUGUCCAGCCAACGGAUGAAGAGGAGCGUGGUCAAUCUCAGCCGCAGUCUCCGUUCCACGGUUUCCCGUCAUUGAACGCCACUCCGGAAGAGAUGAUGAACGACAGUGCCAGCAGUAGCUCGGUAUCAGAAUGCGGCCGUUCGGACACUGGAACAUCUCACCAUUCUGAACUUAAAAACGAGGAAGAUUUGGAGGACGAUGAUGAGGACAUCACCGGGUCUGAAGAAACAACCCCGACUCCGGCAUUGCAACCCGCACCGUUCCACGAACAUCCAGUGACGGAUGCAUUGACCAUCGAAACCCCGAAUGCGCCUGAAACGAUGACGAGGAGUACCCGUUCUGGAACGAGGAUCAUCAGUCCAGAGAUCAGACGCAGUAGUCCUCGACAGCAGAGCCCAGCCGAAGAGAAUAAACAGGGAGGAAUUUCAACAGCAAACAGCGGGGCAGUCACGGCUCGCAAGAGUUCGCGUCGCAAACGCAACGAUUCUGGAUCCAGUGGCACGUCUGAUCCGCCCAGCAGCGGUGACAGGCAAACGCCGACGGAACAAACCGAUGGAUCGCCCAAUCUUUCAACAAGACCAAACAAGCGGAAAUGUUCGGAGAAUGCGAGCGAAAUGAUUAAAGUGUGUAUGGGUCUGGAGGACACCCCGCGCAAAAUGAGCGGCAGUCACAAUGAUUGCAACACCCCCUGUGCCAUCUCCGGUAGGAAAAGGCAAGGCAGCGUCGAUGAUGCUCCAUCGACCAUCCUUAAAAAACAUGACAACUCGGACGACGACACCUUGCCGGACCUUCCUCAUAAAAUACCUCGAACCAACAGGGUUGCCAUUCGUAAUUCAAAGAAGAAUUCCGUCAAAGUGAUGUUGAAAGAAACAGCAUCAAGCAAUACAAACAAUUUCCAUCCUGCUUCAACGACUCCGCCUCCCCCACCGUUGUCGACGGCCAGGAGAUCAGGUCGACAUGUCGGCGGACUUCGAGGAUCGUCCUCCGCAGCGAUCGAGAACAACGGGACACUUAGAAGAAAAACGAGGAGUAGUGCCGCAUUAGUGGCACCUGAAUCUGAUGCCGAAACGGACGGUCCAAUGGCAACGUUGGAUCAACAGACGACUGCUACCACCACUCUAGGAACGGGAACAACUGCAAUAUUGGCUCCUGAUCUUCCGGCAUCUGAUUCCUCCACCACCAACGCUCCACCAGCCAUUUUGGCUCCCCAAGCUGGCCCAGCCAGCGUUUUGGGUGGAUUGUGCAGUGCCACUACAACCGGACCUUUGACGUCGGUCAACAAACGGCGACGAGUGUCACGAGAUAGCCGGUGAUGAAUCCACAUAGUGGGCAGGAGGACAUCAAAUUUGAAUGUUUCUACACUCCCCCCCACUCUGUGGACCUGCCCGCUUUUUGUAUAUUUCUUGUACAUAGAGAAGUUGAUUCACAGACCAGAAACAAGUUGUGGAUUACUCUGCAACAGCACCGUCGCCCCCUCCCGCCAAUUCUCCUAUAGUAACGGAAAGAUCCACUUGAAAUUAUUGUUAAAAAACAACAAAAAAAAAAACAAAAAUAUGUAUUGAAACGGAUUUUUAACGAGAAUGAUGAAGCUGAUGAAUUUGUUGAAAAUUUGAAAGAAAAAAUCUUCUCUCACCUUUAUGUUGACCUCCACCUGCCGUUGCCUUUUUUACGAUUCCUUCUUGCUGAAAUAAUAGUUUGUUUUUUUUUCGUUUGUUUAAAAAGAAUUCGAAUAGUAGCCACAACCCGUAGGGGGUAGGGGCCUGAACAAUCCGUGCAAACGUAGUCAAGAAACGACGAGAGCAUAUGUUUUGUUUAGUGAACGAAAAAGAAAAAAAAGAUUGCAAAAAACAAACCCAAGUUGGGCGUGUUUGCCCGCACCCCCCAUUUAUGCAGCGGAAAGUGUGUCUGUGUGUGUUUGUCUAUAUAUAUAACUAUAUACCGUCAUCUCAGCUGUGCGUGUUUGUGUAUGCUUCUGGGCGUUUUAAUGGAUCAAGUUCAAAAAUGGCGUCGUUGUUGACAUUAUGGUGGAUCGUGCAAUCCUUCGGACAAUAGUGAAAAAUAUGUGAAAUUAAAAGCCUCUUGGAACCAGCGUCGUUUAUCCCACACCACCUGUCGAUUUUUACACACACCAUCUUUUUUUUUUCAUUUUCUUAAACCAAAUUAUUGUAAUCUUAACCUUUUUGUUUUUAAAGAAAAUCUUUUUUCCUCUUCCUCCGUCACACAACAUUUGGGUGGAAAGAAAUCGUUCAAAUUGCGUGCGGGAUCCAUCAUCACAAACAUCAAAAGUGAAAUUCUAUCCAAAAAAAAAUUAUUGACACUUUGUUUGUUGUGACAUAUUCUUGCUCUUCUCUUAUUUCGGUAAAAAUUUCUCAGUAAAAAAAAAGAUGAAAUAUGACUAUUUCGUUGGCAAUUCAUUUCCUUAUUUUUACUGACUUUUUUGUUUACUUUUCUAUCCCAGUUUUUCUUCUUCUCUUUCAUCCAUAUCCCCUUAACUGUUCAUCAUGUUGUAAAUAAUGUGUGUAGACUGAAAUUUUCGCUUUUUGGUUUUGUUUCUUGUUUCUUUUUUUGUUCGGCUCUUAUCCUUGGAUCGUGUAUGUGCGUGCGUGUGUGCGAGAGCGAUUCCAUCUGCCCCCACCACUCUCUUCAUUGACUGUUAUACCACAGCUUUUUUUAAAAAUUGGGGAAUUCCGAAAUCAUGAUAAAAAUUAUGCAGUCUUGUUGCCACUGAAAGAACAAUGCGUAUCUCUCAUCA